UCUCCUCCGCCCGCCGGCCCCGCGCAGGUGGACGCGGCCUACGGCGACAAUGGCCUGGAUUCCGCGCUCUUCAUGGAAAAUGCCCGGAAAGGCAGCAUAGUGUCCCGGGCCAACAGCAUCGGCUCCACCAGUGCCUCUUCUGUCCCCAACACAGAUGAUGAGGACAGUGACUACCACCAGGAGUCCUGCAAGGAGUCGUACAAGGACCAGCGCCGCCGGGCACACACCCAGGCCGAGCAGAAGCGCCGAGAUGCCAUCAAGAAAGGCUACAAUGACUUGCAGGCCAUUGUCCCCACCUGUGAGCAGCAGGAUUUCUCCAUCAGCUCACAGAAGCUGAGCAAGGCCAUCGUGCUCCAGAAAACUAUUGACUACAUCCAGUUCCUGCACAAGGAAAAGAAAAAACAGGAGGAGGAAGUUUCUACCCUCAGGAAAGAUGUGAUGGCCUUGCAGAUCAUGAAAGUGAACUACGAACAGAUUGUGAAAGCUCAUCAGGACAACCCAAACGAGGGGAAGAACCAGAUCUCUGAUGAGGUGAAGUUCAAUGUUUUCCAAGGCAUCAUGGACUCCCUGUUCCAGUCCUUCAAUGCCUCAGUCUCUGUAACGAGUUUUCAGGAGCUCUCAGCAUGCGUCUUCAGCUGGAUUGAGGAGCACUGCAAGCCCCAGACGCUGCGGGACGUUGUCAUCGGGGUCCUGCACAAGGUGAAGUGCCAGCUCUACUGAGCCUCCCGUGCCACUUCUGUGCCUGUGGGGAUGGGGCACUUCUGCCCAGAGGCCUGGGUGCCAGCCACCACCCUGGGUCCUCUCCCUUGUGGCUGUUUUUAAGGUUCUCUGAAUUAUUUAUUGUAUUCCUUCUGAAGUGGUCGUGCAAACACUGCUGCUCCACUCAGUGCCACCAAAUCUUUGUAGGGACUGGGCAGGAGGGGAGGGAAAGGUGGUGAGGAACAGAAGGUGGGGAGCAGAGUCUCUGGCUCAGGCAGUGCCACGGGGUUGCCUGUGCCACUGACUCUCCUUGCAGAGCUGAUCCCAGAGCAGCUCCAUCCUGUGCCCUCAGGUGUGACAGCCCUGCUAUCCCCAGGGUAGGGAAUUGUGACAACUGGGGACUAAAAGUCAUGGGUUUCUGGUACAGCAGUAAUUGCUUUUCCCCAACCCACUGUCCCCUGCCCCUCUGAAUCAGCUGUUUUGAGUCAGUUGUUGUGUUUUGGAGGAGCCUGGCAGUGCUGGCAGCAGGAUGAACCUGUCAAGAGCUGUGGCCCUGUCAAUAUAUACUAGGGCCUUGAUGAACCCCAAGCUCUGCUGCAGCCAUGAGUCCCUGGGAAGGAACACAGGAAGUUCCUGCAAGUGCUGGAACACCUCUCCUUUUCAGAAACUGUGACUGUACUGCACAGGAAAGUUCUGCAGCUGUAGCAUAGUGUGGCACAUGCGCUUGCUGCUCCUCAGAACUUCUAUACACACACAUCCACGACCAGCCUCGAUUUAAUUUUUAUUAUUGUAAAUUUUGAAAUGGUCUCAAAGCGCUGCCUGUGCCAGCUGUAGGAGCAGCUGCUGUCAGCAACAUGUUUGACCCUGUCCCACGCCCAGUUUGGGUCACAGCUCUGCCCAGGUGAGGGCUGGUCACUGUCCAGAGUGAUGGGACCAGGGUGCUGCCAGCAGCAGGGCUCUCCAUAACCAUGUUUGUGCUCCUGCUCCAGGGGCACAUCCAGGGAAUGUUUAUUUCAGGAAGUUUUUCCAACACUGAGGAGGGAGCACUGCCUCCUGCCUUGGAAAGAGGAUGUGGAAUUUUACAGACCUCACACAUGAAACUGAUGUAUUUUUCUAUUGUGGAAAGUAAUUAAAUAAAUUUCGCUGAAUGUUUUAAUGUUUUUUCUGAUGUUGAGUUCCUGGAGUUCUGCUCUAGAGCUGGCAGUUUCCAUAAGCCAAUUCCAGCCCCUGUGGCUCAGGUCACCCUCUCCUGGCUCCUGCCCUCCCCACUCCUCAGAGCCUAAACACUGCCCUGACACCCUCUGAAGAGACAAACAGCACAGGGAUGUGCAGCUGAACCAAAAUCCUGCUGUUUAAUGGAUCAUACUCUCAUAUGACCACUCAGCAGCUGGAACACAUACAGAGCUCUGCAGCCCCUUUCCUUACCAGAACACCAGAGACACAGCACCAGGGCCCCCACAUGUCCCCUCAGUCACAUCAAACCUCAGCCAGGCAGCUCCAUUUACUGGGGGCACGAAAAAACGACAUCCACUGCAAGGAGAGGGCCAGUGCCAAAUUCCUCCCACCCACCACCCUUCCAACUGAAAAACAUUUUAAAACAAAAACAAAUAAAUACACAGGACAAGCCCCAGUCCUGCAAAAUGAGAAAAAGAAGAACCCAACAGCCAAGUUUCAGAGGCAGCUCCAUAGCAGCUUCUCUCCAGAACAAAGGCUCUCCCAGCACCUCACACAGUCGCUGGCAGCACGACACCAUGGUCCUCAUCCGUCUCUAUCCCAACCUCCUC